GUUGAUGACCCCUGGGCUCUGGGCGCAGAGGCUGCUAGGAGAAGGGAGGGCCCAGGCCUGCCCGCAGUGGCUGCUUGUUUUCUCUGCAUGGUCUAUGGAGAGAACAUUUGCGUAUCUCCGCCAGUGCCAUGGCAGUGGCCGCUGGCAGCCCCAAGGCCAUGUCCCUGUUCCAGCGGACUUUUGUGCGGAGCCCUGCCACGGCACCCCGGUGCCCAGCCACUCCCUCACGUGGAGCCCCUCUGCUCCCAGGGCAAGGACUGACAGGGGGGAGACGGUGUCUGCGACAGGUUGUAGGGCAGCAGGCUUGGCCACCCCCAGCUCAGGGCUGCUGCUCCACAUGUUCCACUCCUCCGGGUCUUCUCUGCCCACAGGCCGAGCUUAGCAGCAGUCUGAAAACCUGCUACCAGUACCUGAAUCAGACCAGCCGCAGCUUCUCAGCUGUCAUUGAAGCUCUGGACGGGGAUAUUCGGCAUGCAGUGUGUAUAUUUUAUCUGGUUCUCCGAGCUCUGGACACAGUGGAAGAUGACAUGACCAUUAGUGUGGAUAAAAAGAUCCCUCUCUUGCACAGCUUCCAUUCUUACCUUUAUGAACCAGAGUGGCGGUACCUGGAGAGCAAGGAAAAGGAUCGACAAGUUCUGGAGGACUUCCCAACGAUCUCCCUUGAGUUUCGCAAUCUGGCAGAACGAUAUCAAACAGUCAUUGCUGAUAUUUGUCGACAAAUGGGAUUUGGAAUGGCAGAGUUCUUGGAUAAGCAAGUGACAUCUGUACGGGAGUGGGACAAGUAUUGCCACUAUGUUGCUGGACUGGUAGGAAUUGGCCUCUCCCGUCUCUUUGCAGCCUCAAACUUAGAAGACCCCAUAGUUGGUCAAGAUUCAGAACUGGCCAACUCAAUGGGCCUUUUUUUGCAGAAAACAAAUAUUAUACGUGAUUAUCUAGAAGACCAGCAAGAAGGAAGAGAAUUUUGGCCUCAAGAGGUUUGGAGCAAGUAUGUUAAGAAGUUGGGUGAUUUUACUAAGCCCGAGAAUAUUGAUUUGGCUGUGCAGUGCCUGAAUGAACUGAUCACCAAUGCGCUCCAGCACAUUCCAGAUGUCAUUACCUACCUCUCAAGACUGAGGAACCAGAGUGUGUUCAACUUCUGUGCUAUCCCACAGGUCAUGGCCAUUGCCACUUUGGCUGCCUGUUAUAACAACCAACAGGUGUUUCGAGGGGUUGUGAAGAUUCGAAAGGGACAGGCCGUUACCCUGAUGAUGGAUGCCACCAAUAUGCCAGCUGUUAAAGCUAUCAUACACCAGUACAUGGAGGAGAUCUAUCAUAGAAUCCCCAACUCCGACCCAUCUGUUAGUAAAACACGGAAGAUCAUUAGCACUGUGCGGACACAGAACCUGUCCACCUGCCAGCUAGCCUCCCGGAGCCACUACUCCCCUAUCUACCUGACAUUUGUCAUGCUGCUGGCAGCCCUGAGCUGGCAGUACCUGAGCACACUGUCACAAGUCACAGAAGACAUUGUUCAGAGUGGAGAGCACUAACUGGAUGGUGUGGAAGUCACAUUCUUGCAAAUAGACUGACCUUUUCUCCUGAAUGAACGCAAUUCCUUUUCCCUCUGGUUCUAAUUCCCAGAAGAAUUCUGUGAACCUGGAUCUUUAGAAACUACCCUGUGACCAAGAAAGAAGUGGUCACCCCGGCUACAGCAACCUGGUACUUGGUGACUUCAGGGAGAGGGCUGCAAGUUAAAAGACAUUUGUAUGUGAAUCCACAAGAGAAAUUCCUUGGUGUAUAUCCUAGCAAUGUAAUGAAUUUGAAGCAAUCAUUAAUACCUAUUGCAGUAGAAAACGAAGUAAAAUUUCAUUUUUUUUCAGUUUAUUUUUCUCUCAUCUGUUUUCUUUCAUUAUUUGGGAUAUAACAGUGGAAAUGGUUACAGUUCUAGGUGGCUUUGCUUUAUUUCUUAAAGAAAACUUAGUUUUAAUAAAGAAGCAAGAUUGAUCACC